AAAUUUAUCAGUUCCCCAUCGUGCCGCACCGCGGAAGGAUCGCGCUUCCGAGCGAUAGAAUGAUUUUCAACUGAAUUACCACUCAGUGCAGUGAAUUUGUUUAGUAAUUUGAAACUUAGUGAAAAUGGCAAGGACAAUCGGGAUAGUGAGUUUGGUGGGUUUGCUGUGCAUUUUCGGCGGAACUAGUGCCCAAACAGUCGAUGUAAUCUGCGCCGGCACCAGAUUCGCCGACCAGUGCCUCCAACUGCAGCGCGGCAAGUCCGAGGUAGUCUGCGUCACCGUUCAGGACAGCAUCGAGUGCGCCCAACGGAUCCGCAAUGGCACCGCCAACAUUGGAAUCUUCUCCGCCGAAAGUCUGGUUCACCUGGCGACACUGGGCUGGGAUGGGCUCGCCGUAGUCAAGGAACUUCGUCACACGGACCGUACCCGUGAAACGGUCGACUUCCGUUCGGUGGUGGUCGUUCCGGCAUCCCACCAAGGUGGUCUUGACGGGCUACGCGGCGCUCGGUUCUGUCAUCCGGGACUUCAGUACGGUCGUCAGCAGCGGUGGAGUGAGCGGUUCCUGAAGCACUUUGAACGGUUGGUGGUUCCGGCUGAUUGUGGCGAGUUGACGAGUGCGGCCGAGAUUGAAACUGCGGCGUUGUCGAACUUUUUCGCGUCGGCUUGCCGUCCGGGCAAGUGGUCGAACGUGCCGCAGGAGGACGCGGAGCUCAAGUCCAAAUAUCCGAAUCUCUGCGAGUUGUGUCAGAACAAGGACCAGUGCACGUACGACUCGCCGACCUUAUCGCAUCACCGAGCUGCUCUGCAGUGUCUACGUAAUGGUGGAAACGUUGCGUACGUAUCGCAACAGGACGCCCAGGAGUUCUUUGCGUUCAACAACGACAUCGUCAACGACUACGGUUUCCUCUGUCCGAACGGAACCAUCGAAGCGAUCAACGGAAACAACAGUCCGUGCUCCUGGUUGACCCAGCCCUGGCCCGUGGUCAUGGCCGCGGCCGGUCGUGCCAUUGAAGUCUCGUCCCGGAUUGAUCGCUGGACGCGCGGCACCGGUGGAGAGUCCUGGGAACAAGCCAUCCAGGAAAUCAUCGGCCACGGCAGCCGCAAUGCCCUCUCGGUAGGCUCCAUCCAGCUUCCAGUAGAUUACCUCAGACCGUACCGCUCGCUGCCCAUCCCGUCCGAUCUGUGUCGAACGACGGCCCGCUGGUGUACGGCUUCCCCCGAGGAGAAGGACAAGUGCGACGUGCUGCGAACGGCCGCCUUGACCACGGGAAUCUUUCCGACCAUCGAAUGUCCAGUGGACACCACGAGCAGGAUGACCUGCAUGAACGAGAUCGCCAACAACCGGUCCGACUUUACCGGAAUCGAUUCCAACUUCGGAUACCUUGCGAGGCAUCCGUUCAACCUAACCGCGGCCAUGUUCCAGGAGACGGAAAAGGAAAAGUACUCGUCGGUGGUGGUGCUGGUCAAGGACGAUAAUCGGUUUACGCGGUUUGAGAAUCUGAGAUCGUCCCGGGCCUGCAUGCCAGAGUUUGGUGGAAUUGGUGAGUUUAAAUUGGUUUAUAUAUCGUCAGGCGAUCCAGCCUCGAGCUCCAACGCAGUUGCUGAUGGUGGUGGUGAUCUUUUCACUCUUUCGGAGUUUCUUUCGCUGGCAAGGGAAAUGUUCACUCGUUUCCGAGCUUGCCAGAACAAGGAACAGCAAUUCUUGGCCCUUGGGGAACUUAUGAUUAAAUACAUUGGAACAUCCUAAGUAUUCAUCGUGGACCUUCGACGUCAGAAGCAACCUGACAAGCUUUGUAACUUAGAAUUAAGUUUUUCCUCUCCCUAUCCCCAUCCUCAAGUUAUAUCAGUAGGUUUUUUUUGCUAGUUUUUCCUGCUUCCGCUUCACCUUUUUCCCUUCUAACAACAUCCAUAGAUUCUAAAGUACUUAGCCAUAGCUGCAAGGAAUCCCAUAUCACUAUAAUUUGUAAACUAAAUACCACAUUUGUAAACUGAUAAGCACAACUAAUAAAUACAAA